AUGCAGUCAAUAUCCCCUUUGCAAAGACAGCCUCUUGUCCCAACAAGCGGUAACAGCGUCACGCCGCCCGCAACAUCUACCCACCUGAACCAUAAAAAGAGAAAGUACGACAAUGAGGAUAGCGAAGAGACGGAUUCACUCCUGCAAGAGACAUUCACUGCAUACCUUCUGUCCAACUCCCCGAGCAUAGCCUUCAAGGCCGUCACGUUAGUCGCGAGAGCGUGCCUUCCUCUCGCCUGGCUCAACACGUCUGCUAGUGCCUCACAACCAUCACCACCUGUGUUUGAGGCGACGAUUCAAUCUGUGCAGGAAUGGGAGCAAAGAGUCUUACUGGCAAGGAGAUUGCAGAAUGGAGGAUUAUAUGCCAUAGAAAGAGUCGGAGGAAACACUUAUCUCGCAUGUCCUCUGCAUAGUUGGGUGUCCGAAAAGUGGUGCAACAAAGCCGCCAUAGGGAUUGUCGCUGAUGUGGACCUGAAAGUCCUGGUCAAUCCAAGGGGGCCCCCAUCUCACGCCAGGACAUUGUCUGCUUCCAGCGCCAGUGCAUUGCCCCCACCCAAGAGUCCGAAGAAGCCCACAAAUCGACGUGGUGCCCUGGCCAGGAAAUCUAUACUCAUGUCCAAAGAUCUUGUCAGCAAUAAUUUGACACCUGAAAUGUCAAGCUCUCCAGGCUUGCCUCAACAACACCAACUGCCGGCUCCUGUUCUUUGUGGACCCUCACCAAUUACGUCUGGCCCUCAAAUUGAACCGGUAGAUCCAUUCAAAAUCACCCUACCUGCGCAGAUAGAGGGUUUACCGCCCACAAAUCCUUCAGAAGCGGCAAUUCAAAUGUCCUUUGAGGAACCAAUUUCUUUCGAGCGACUCCGAAAUCAAUAUUUCGAGCAUUUAUACACCUCUAAUACCUCUCUAGCUUUUUAUGUCAAGGGUCCACUCAGCCGUGCUCGUGCACAUGUGCGAACUGCCAAAGACUCAAUCUCUUCCAUUAUUGAACUCGCCGACCACUACAGGCAGAGCAUCCUACCAACGGCAAAGAUUGACCUUAAGUUCAAGGAAUCCUUAUUAAAGGUGGUGAAUGAGUUACCUGCCGAUGAUGAUGGUGGUGGUGGGGAGACUCAAAAGAAGAAGAGUGGGAAGAAAAGAUUCAAAAUUGGUAAAGACUCACUUUGGGCUAACGAAGAAGGCUUCAUUCGAAAGUGGUGGCGUGGUAGAGGAAUAGAAGCAAGCUCGACCUCGACAAUCAACCUUGUGGACGACCUCCGCAAGCGGACAGCAGAACUACGAACACGGGAGACCAAGAUGCAACUCUUGCUUAUUCUGGAAGUCAUGCUGCUAGAAUUGGCUUCUGCCCGAUUGUCCGAUACGCCAGCACCAUCGGACCCUCGAGUCAAAGUUGAAUCUAUCGAGAUUGAUUCUGCCACCAUGAUUGGGAAAACACCAAGCAACCCACCAAAAAAGAAACGAGAUCUAUCCGGCGAAUUAGACACAAUGGUUGAUCGACUUUGUAUCUGGCAUACUGUCAGUUUCGAGGAUUUUCCCGGGAAUGAGAAAAGGAAUGACCCCUCGAAAUCUAAGUCCAACGACACGCUCCGGGAUUUCUGCAAAGAUGUAUUAAUUCCUUUCUACUCAGUCAAGCUCCCGGAGCAAAUCAAGUCACUUUCUCGAAAGCUUGGUGGUUCUGGAAUUUCUCCUCAAAGACCGAAGCUUCUCACUCGAUCAUCAGGCCUAUCUCGUUCCAAAUCAUCCUCUUCGACUAUGCCAAAGGUACUCCCAGGGAAAACAUCAACCAAACGUACACUCGAACGAGUCCUUAGUGAAGACCAAACCCACCGUCAUGCCUCACCACCCGUACGUUCUCGGGCAUCCAUUGGUCCGGUGAAUCCGAUCAUCCCUUCUCUACAACGAGAGCCUUCGGAGAGACCCGAUUCACGAAGCGGCAUGCUCUCUAGGGCAGUCAGCUUUAGCAAUCGCGAGGUUGACUUGGUUGCAGACUCCAAGGUCCAUGAGGCCAAGCGUCAAAAGCUAGGCCGGUUGGCAGAGCAAAAGCGAGAACUCGAAGCUGCCAUCGAAGCACUGAAGAAGCCAAACCGGGGCACUGUUGCUGGCGCAUUCAUGGAUGAAAUUGAGCAUCGUAAGGGCCAAGGGGUUGCGCAAUUGGUGCAAAUUGCGGCAACACCACGAGCACGAAGAGUGAGGCACGGAGAGGCAUUUGAGCCAGAAUUGCCACCAAUGCCCGCAAGUCUGGUAUCUCGGCCACAAGAUCUGAUGGUUCCAUCCUCGACCACCAAACCCCGCUUUGGCCUCCUGUCCACGAGCAGCGUCCCUCACGCAACGGCAACGAAGAGAGCAGUUCUACCUGCUAUUCACGAGACGCCAUCUCGAGGACUGGAAAGAAAAACGUCCAACCCAUUAGCCCUGUGUCAAGGGUCACGAUCCGCCCCCCAUCUUGACGGUGUCGCAGCAACACUAGCCCCACCUCGCACAAAAGUCCACCUCGAAAGGUCUAGCCAAGGCCAGCUGUCUCCACACCCGGUCUCCGAUCUAAACCUUCCAUCUUCCAGCAUUCAAAGUCCCAACCGAGGCGGCCCACGGAUGUCGCGAUCUCUUCGGCCAGUGUUAUUCACGCCCAUCAAGAGGUCGGACGUGAGCAUUGAAGAUGUGUUUCGCGACGCACCCGAGAUACCAGAAAAGGCAGGAAAGACGAUGGAUCGGGUAAUGGGUGGUCGUGGCGUCGAGAUGGAUCUAGAUCUAACACUCACGAUCACUACAUCCUCCCCAUUCCCUACUGUAGACCAGAGCGAAGACCAAGCUAGGGCAAGACCACUGGCGAAGCAGACUGGCGGCUGCAGCGCAAUACUUGAAGGGAACUACACCGAUGAAGGAAGCCUUUACGCUCAGCUUGGAUGGGAUGAUGAUUUUGACCUUUGA